AUGGCUCCUGCACUCUCUGACAUCUUGAGAAUCACGUCUAGCUUACUUGUGCUUAUGUUACUAAUGUUUUGCAUGGGAGCAAUUAACUUGGAGGCCCAAGUUGGGAGCCUUGCUCCUGAUGAAGAUUCUGACAAUGAAGUUGUUUGCAACUGCUCAUUUCCUGGGGGAACGUGCCACGUUGUAGCCAUAUAUCUCAAAAGGCAAGAUCUUGACGGUACUCUCCCAAAGGCUAUCGAGAAACUACCACACCUUAAACAUCUAGAUCUCUGGGCCAACUACCUGAGUGGCAAUAUACCAUCUGAAUGGGCUAAUACCAAGCUGGAAUUAUUGUCUAUCGGCGUGAAUAACUUGACAGGAAAAAUUCCUAGCUAUCUGGGAAAUAUUACCACACUUAGAUCAUUGAACAUUCAGAACAAUAUGUUUUCUGGAACUGUUCCCCCUGAGCUUGGAGGCUUGGUUAACCUGGAGAAUCUAACUCUCAGUGCCAAUAAUCUCACUGGAGAGUUACCCCAGGCUCUCACUAAGCUGACCGGAUUGAAGGAACUAAGGCUUAGCAGCAAUAACUUCACUGGAAGAAUACCUGAUUUUAUUCAGAGCUGGAAACAACUUGAUACAUUAGAGAUCCAAGCUGAAUGGUUGACGUGGCUGCUGACUGGCGAUGACGUGCCGGGUCAACCCGGUUCAGUUGCAGGAAUUCGGGCGAGGAAGACGCGUGAGGAGCGUGAGGCGCGUUGGUGUGCGUGGGCAGUCCUGGGGUCGGCGCGUUCUGGCACGUGCGGUCAUGAAGGACGUCGGUUCUUCGCCGGGUUUUCACCAGAGAAUUCUUCUCGUCUUCCUCUACACGAUGGUAAUGGCAAAAACACGUAUCUUACAUGGAACAUGUUUACAGGGCCCAUCCCAGAUUGGUUCAACCAAAGAAGCUAUCGCUAUGAACUCGAUCUUUCAUACAACAAUUUUACUUCGGAAGCAAAAUGUAGAGAUACACUAAAUCUGUUCAAAAGUACUCGGGGAGGGAACUAUUCGAAACCUGUUGAGUGCCUGAGUGCUUGUUCAGAAGAGCGAUAUUCAGUGCACAUUAAUUGUGGGGGACCAGAAGCCACCAUUGGAAACACCAUCUACGAAGCAGAUGAUGAGCCAGGAGGUGCAGCAAAAUAUGCGUUCAAAAGAGAGGAUUGGCAAACAAGUACCUCAGGACAUUUCUGGGAUGUUCCUGCUUCAUUGGAUAACUACAUAGCACAAAACAAGUCCAUGCUCAGAAUGGACAACUCUGUAUUGUACACAAAUGCACGCCUCACGCCUUUGUCUCUCACAUACCACGUUCCCUGUCUGGUAAAUGGGAAUUACACAAUCAAGCUGCACUUUGCAGAGAUAGUAAUGAGGGAUAACAGAUCCUACUACAGUCUAGGAAGACCGAUAUUUGAUGUUUAUAUUCAGGACAUUGUUGUGCUGAAGGAUUUUGAUAUAGUUAAGGCAGCGGGAGGGGUGGAUGAGGUAUACAUUCAUAAUUAUACAGCAAAUGUAACCAAUGGAGCUUUAGAGAUCCGCCUUCAUUGGGCUGGGAAAGGAACAACAAUGUCUCCCAAGAAAGGAAUAUAUGGUCCUCUAAUAUCAGCCAUUGAUGUGGAAUCUGACUUCAAGCCACCUGAUAAAGGCAGGAGGAAGAGAUUCAUUGUCGCUGGAGCUGUGGUUUUGCCAUUAUUCCUCAUUAUCAUACUUCUAUCCACUCUCUGGUGGAAAGGUUAUUUGAGAGGAAGGAAAUCGAGGGAUCGAGAACUUGUUGGGUUAGAUCUGCUAACUGGUAUCUUCACCUUCAGACAAAUCAAAGCCGCAACGAAUGACUUUGAUCCAGUAAACAAACUUGGAGAAGGUGGUUUUGGCUGCGUCUACAAAGGAGUACUAUCAGAUGGCACUCAGAUUGCGGUUAAGCAGCUUUCAGCGAAAUCGAAACAGGGGAAUCGUGAGUUUGUGAACGAAAUUGGCAUGAUUUCUGCUUUGCAACACCCAAAUCUUGUUAGAUUGUAUGGAUGUUGCAUUGAGGGGAAGCAAUUGUUGCUGGUAUAUGAAUACAUGGAAAACAAUAGCCUUGCGCAUGUUUUGUUCGGGACAAAGGAAAUCCAGGCAACGAAGCUAGAUUGGCGUACAAGGCAGAGGAUAUGUGUAAGUAUAGCGAAAGGUCUGGUUUUCCUGCAUGAGGAGUCGACACUCAAAAUUGUUCAUAGGGACAUAAAAGGUACCAAUAUCCUUCUUGACAAGGACAUGAACACCAAGAUAUCUGAUUUUGGAAUGGCCAAGCUUGAUGACGAGGUUUCUGAUAUUAACACGGGGUUUAUUGAACACAUGAAAAAUCCUGAAAAGAAGACAGUAAGGAAAACACACAAGUAUUGUCAUUUAUCUAAGAUAGCUUUUAGUCUUAAAGAGUAUGAUGCUGUAACUGGGCUGAAGUGCCGAUGGAAGGGGCUAGCUUCAAAAUAUGUGAAUGUCUCUGAGUUAUUCUUUCUGUGCAGGGGAUACAUGGCACCGGAAUAUGCAUUAUAUGGUUACUUAACUUACAAGGCAGAUGUAUACAGCUUUGGUGUUGUAGCAUUGGAAAUUGUUUCUGGGAUGAACAACGUCAAAUUUAGGAGGGAUGAGAAUUUUGUAUGCCUUCUAGAUUGGGUUCUAUAUUUAAAAACAAAUGGGGACAUAAUGGAGAUGGUUGAUCCAAGAUUGGGGUCUGAAUUCAACAAGAAAGAAGUGGUUAGAAUGAUCAAUGUAGCCCUGCUAUGCACAAAUCAGUCUCCAGCACUUAGACCUACAAUGUCUACAGUAGUGAGCAUGCUUGAAGGAAAAACUGAUGUCGAGGAACUGGUCAUGGUUCCAAGCACAUUGGGUGAUCCAUCAGGGUAUGCUAUGGCCUUACAUAACAAGUUUGCUCAAUCUUCUGUCAAUGGAAGUUUAAGGGAAACUCCGUCCCUCGUGAAGUCAUCAGAGGGACCAUGGACUGCUUCUUCCUCUUCAUCGGCCCAGGAUCUUUAUCCAAUUAGUAAAAGCUGAUGUCACGAACCACAAAUUUUUUAUCAUGAAAAAUCCUGAAUAAGAAACAGAUUGCUAUUAUCUUUUA